AACUUUUUGUUCCUUCAAAAUCUUGGAAGUUCCCUCGUUAGGUACUUGCAGUUCCCGGUCGUACUGCACAUACAGUUUCGCCUCUUCCCGCGGCCCGCCCCGUCCUCGCGACCCAGUCAAAGCGACGGAUGCAUCGGAAGACAUUACAUACAAAAUGAUAAAGAGAGAUUCAGUGAAGGCAAUGAAUAGGAAAUGAAUGUCAAGCCACAACAGUGGAAUUUUUUUUUAUGGCCAAUAGCCAUGUCCAAGAUGCUCCCCAAGAAGUAGACUCAUUUCUACAGUCUCGUGUAGAAGAAUAUCUAAAGAUAGAUGUUGAUUCAACUGAAUAUCAUGUCAAGGAUCUUGCAAAGCAAAAAAAGAAGAAGAGAACGAGAAAAUGGAUUUAUAGGAGUUGUGGUUAUAAGAGACUUUGGCUGAAUAGGAUCAAUCAAUUAUAUCGUGUGUCAAAACAUGGAAAUUGUGGUAGGGAAAACCAAGUUAGCAAUAGAGUUGAACGUUUGGGAAUUUCUCUGGGAAAAGAACCCAGAAUUAGUAAGGGUGGACUUACAUCUUCCUUGGGAAUUGGUGAUAGUGUAGAAUGUGUUGUUGCUUCUUCGUCGGAUUUGGUUCACACGGAGAAAAAGCUAUUUGGCUUGUGUAAAUAUAGUCCUGCUGUUAAUGAUGUUUCCAUUGACAAGCCUUCUGCUCAAUUUGCGGUGAAGAGACAUUCAUUUGGAAAGAGGGUAAGGAAAAGGAAAGUGAAGCCCCUUUGUAAUGAAGGAAAACAUUAUGAGAAGAAAGCAAUGGAAAGAUCUUCUGUUUGUGAACGAAUCCUAGUAAAGGCUACUCUUGUUAACAGUGAGAGCGGGAGGAAAUACCCUGCCUGUGAUUUGGUUGCAACCAAACAUUCAAGUUUAGCUCUUCUUAACACGGAGGAUAACUUCUUGGAAGUUCAACGUGUUAGAAUAGAAAGAGGACCAGUUGCUUGUUUGAGGAAAAAACUUCUUAUCCUUGAUGUAAAUGGGCUUCUUGCAGACAUUGUUCAUCCCCCGCCAAAGGAGUGCAAAGCGGACACAAACAUCUUGAGACGAGCAGUUUUCAAGAGGCCCUUUUGCAAUGAUUUUCUGAAGUUCUGCUUUGAGAGAUUUGACAUCGGCAUUUGGUCUUCAAGAACUAAGAAAAUUAUUGAUAGAGUGGUAGAUUAUUUAUUGGGAGAUAUGAAGAACAAGCUGCUAUUUUGUUGGGAUCUAUCCCACUGUACCGGUACCGGGUUCAAAACUCUUGAAAACAAGUACAAGGAAUUGGUCUUUAAGGAGCUCAGGAAAUUAUGGGAAAAACAUGACGCCAAUCUUCCAUGGGGGAAGGGAUACUAUAAUGCAUCGAACACUUUGUUGCUGGAUGAUUCUCCAUACAAGGCCUUACUUAAUCCUAAACACACUGCAAUCUUUCCGUACUCGUAUGACUUCAAGGAUAGUUGUGAUAAUUCAUUAGGUCCCGAGGGUGAUAUUCAGGUUUAUCUUCGUGAUUUAGCAGCAGCUGGAGAUGCACAAAAGUAUGUGGAGGAUCACCCUUUUGGGCAAAGGGCCAUUGAUGAAACUAGCAUGUCUUGGGAAUAUUAUCACAGGGUUAUCUCCGGUCACUCUGCAAGAUAGUGUUAAGUUACCAGUAGUUUCAAAAGCUUAAGCUUAAUGCAAACGGGGAACAAAUGCAAAUAGAGAGACUUGAACUCAAGACCUCAUGCAACCUAAGCUCUGAUACCAUGUUAAAUUACCAGUAGUUCCAAAAGCUUAACCUUUUAGGAAAUGGGCCAACAAUAUAUAUCAAGCUAUCUAACAGAUAGAUGGUGGAUUUUUUUGGUAUUCAGUUUUAGUUAGUUUUUUUUUUGUUGGAGCUUAGAAAAGAGGCCGGAAUGCUCCAAAGCUCCAGGAGCCUCAACAAGAACGUCUAGGUGGAAUCACACUUUUUACGAAGUUUUUUUGGCCUUCAUUUUGCACCACAAUAGAGCAUCCAGCGAUAGGAGAAAAAGUUGGUGACUAGUCUUUAGAUUAUGUAACUGGAGUUGCUCUAAUUUUGGGGAAUCCUUCAAGAGGUCAAGCCUUACUGCUAAUGGGUGUUCAUGUUUUCAAUUCAAGAGGUAUGAAUACCAUCAUCGUAGGACUCA